AAGAAUUAAAUUAAAUUUUCAUUAGAUUUGUUCUGCUGAAAGCUUAUCGAUGCCAUCUCUCUGCUAAAGCUUCUUCAAUCUCUGUAACUCUUCAAAUCAAUUUCUGGCGUUUUCGCUCUGCUGCAAUUCUACAAUGGCGUCUUGUGCAUGUGCAGCAACCAUUGUCUCAUCUCCAUCCUACGCCAUUCCUCUCUUCACUUCUCCUUCUUCCUCUUCUUCUUCUCCCACCACCACCAAAUUCCUCACCAAACAGCGCUGGAAAACCCCUCUAAUCGAAACCAAAACCAUGAGGAGCAAAAAAUCGGUGGUGAGAGCCACCGUUUCGAUCGAGAAAGAGACACCGGAAGCGGAGCGACCGGAAACAUUUCUGCGAGGUGGAGAUGCUGCUACUGCUGCUGAGUCCCUUUCGGUGAGGGCGCGGUUUGAGAAGAUGAUAAGGGAAGCACAGGACAGUGUGUGCGAUGCCAUUGAGGCUGCUGACGGCGGAGGGAAGUUCAAGGAGGAUGUGUGGUCGAGACCCGGUGGUGGUGGUGGUAUCAGCAGGGUUCUUCAAGACGGUGUCGUUUGGGAGAAGGCUGGGGUGAAUGUGUCUGUUGUUUAUGGUGUCAUGCCUCCUGAUGCGUAUCGUGCUGCUAAAGGUUCUGCUGAUCAGAAGCCUGGUCCUGUUCCGUUUUUCGCAGCUGGAAUCAGCUCAGUUUUACAUCCGAAGAACCCGCACGCCCCGACCUUACAUUUCAACUAUCGCUAUUUUGAAACCGAUGCUCCUAAAGAUGCUCCUGGAGCACCUAGGCAAUGGUGGUUUGGUGGGGGAACUGACUUGACGCCUGCUUACAUCUUUGAGGAGGAUGUUAAACACUUCCAUUCAACUCAAAAACGUGCUUGUGACAAGUUUGAUCCUACCUUUUACCCCCGAUUCAAGAAGUGGUGCGAUGAUUACUUUUAUAUCAAGCAUCGAGGUGAAAGGAGAGGGCUUGGAGGAAUAUUUUUUGAUGAUUUGAAUGACUAUGAUCAGGAGAUGCUUCUUUCCUUUGCUACUGAAUGUGCAAAUUCUGUUAUUCCUGCUUAUAUACCUAUCAUAGAGAAAAGGAAGGAUACACCCUUCACAGAUCAUCAGAAAGCAUGGCAGCAAUUGCGAAGGGGAAGAUACGUUGAAUUCAAUUUGGUGUAUGAUAGGGGUACAACAUUUGGACUAAAAACUGGAGGGAGAAUAGAGAGUAUUCUUGUUUCUCUCCCACUGACUGCUCGAUGGGAAUAUGAUCAUAAACCAGAAGAAGGGAGUGAAGAAUGGAAACUCUUGGAUGCGUGCAUGAACCCCAAGGAAUGGAUUUAAUUUAUCAGCUGACCGCCCAAUUUGACAGCUUUUUGAUAAUGAGAGAGCUUGUUUAUUUCUUUUUCGGUGUAUAUCAAGUAAUUGUUUAGAUGAGUGAUGAGUCACAACUGUUAAGCUUCUACUUGGUGGAUUGUAAAUCAUAAGUUUGCAAUUUUCAACUGUGUAAAGCUCGAAAUGUAGAAAAUGACAUGUCUAGGCUGCUGUCUGUACCCAAUGUGCUAUGCCAACCGUUAUUUAGUAAGUAGUAUAAAAACCCAUUGUGGACACAAGUUUGGAGUUUUCCACUGUGUAAAGCUUGAAAUGCAGAAAAUGACAUGUCUAGACUGCUGUAUGUACCCCAUGUGCUAUGCCAAUCGUUAUUGAAACAGACAAUAUGGAAUUUCUCUGAUUGAUGCUCA